AAAGUUGUUUGGGCAUUAAGUCAAUCAUGUUCUCAGAAAAACACAAACGGACCUGAAUAUAAGCGUGACAAGUCACCUUUAAUCAGAUAAAUACAGAGCCAUUCUUCCACCCACAACCACAGGUUGUCAUCCUUGGCAUUGACGUGUUUAUCCCGGGGCGUGGUUUUAAGGACAGAGGUGUUCAUCUCGACCAGAGAAGAUCUUUGAUGUGUGGUACAGUGCUACGCUCGUGAAUCAUGACGCCACUUCGCCCUGCCGUUAAAUUGCUUUUCCCGGUGUCCAUUUAAGAGAUAAAAUGACUCCGUGACACGUCAAGACAACACCAUGGAUUUACAGCUUUUGAUUUUACGGAUUUAAAUCUCUUUUUUCUUGGAGGUAGUAAAAAACAACAACUUUGAACGCCUCAGUCACUUGUUCGGUGUUGCUAACGUUAGCUACAGCGGACGUUAACGUUGCUGGCUGAACCGGUCAACUUGGCGACACCGUAAAUACCGAUGGAAGACGGUGCCGAUCCCGACGCCGAGAUCAAGACGGCGCCCUCCUCGGUUUCCUCCCCGGUUCCGGGGACACUGAACACCGAGCUGAAGAAACUUUUGUUUUUUAAAGUCUACAGGAGGAGGUGGUUCGUCCUGUCGGUCCUGUGUCUGUUAAACUGCUCCAACGCCACGUUAUGGCUGACCUUUGCACCAGUAGCAGACCAGUCUGCCAAGUUCCUGGGGGCCUCUCUGGAGCAAAUCAACUGGCUGUCCCUGGUCUACAUGGUGGUGGCCAUCCCGCUCAGCUUCGGGACCACGUGGAUGCUGGACACCCUCGGGCUGCGGACCACGCUGAUCCUGGGAGCCUGGCUCAACAUGGCCGGGGCUCUGGUGCGCUUCCUCGCGGCCUUCGCGAAGAAGGGCCCGUACCUGUACCUGUUGGUGAUGUCGGGCCAGAGCCUCGGCGCCCUCGCUCAGCCCCUCAUCAUUUUCACCCCCACCAAGAUGGCGGCCCUCUGGUUCCCUGAGCACCAGCGCGCCAUCGCCAACACCAUGGCCUCCAUGUCCAAUCCUCUGGGCAUCCUGGUCGCCAGCAUCUCGUCCCCCCUGAUUGCCGAAACACCUGAACGCAUCCCGGACCUGCUGCUCGUCUACGCGGUCCCAGCAUGCAUCAUCUGUGUCCUAGCAACGAUGGGGAUGCGGAGCAGCUCGCCCCCCACGCCGCCGUCAGCCAGUGCCGAGUCCUCCGGCUCCGAGCCGUUCUUUAAGGGCAUCAAACUGCUGCUGACCAACCGGGCCUACCUGGUGCUGCUGCUGUGCUUCGGGUCGGGCAUCGCCGUGUUCACCUGCUUCUCCACGCUGCUGGAGCAGAUCCUGUGCGUGCAGGGGUACACCAACACCUUCGCCGGCGUUUGCGGCGGCCUCUUCAUCGUGUUCGGCAUCGUGGGCGCCGCCCUCCUCGGCGUCUACGUCGACAAGACCAAGAAGUUUAUAGAGGCGACGAAGAUCAACAUGAGCUUGAGCGCGCUGUCGUGUAUCGCCUUCUCCGUGGUGGCUCUGAUGCAGCAGCAGAAAGUCGCCGUGGCCGUCGUCUGCUCCCUUUUCGGCUUUUUUGGUUUCUCCAUCUACCCGGUUGCCAUGGAGCUGUCGGUGGAGUGUUCGUACCCGGUUGGAGAGGCCACGUCGGCCGGGCUCGUCUUCGUGUCGGGACAGAUCCAGUCGGUCCUCUACAUCGUCCUCCUGCAGGCGUUAACCAAACGCCUUGCCGACUCUCCGCUGUCCACCUGUGGGGACGCCGUCCUGAGCUGGAAGGUGCCAAUGAUGGUGAUGGCCGGGCUGUGCGCUUUCUUCACCUGCUGCUUUGUGAUCUUCUUUAACACCCGAUACCGGCGGCUGGAGGCCGAGGAGCGGGCGGUGUACGGGACUAGGCGGAGGGACGCCCCGACGACCUCCGAAAGCGCUCCGAGCGUGGAGGCGUGAGACAGAGGGAAUUGUGAGUGCUAUCAAACCUGCGGUUUUGUGUCUUUGGUACGAAGUAGAACCUCGCAAUCGAGGUUUUUUUUUUUUACCCAGAGGGGGGAGGGGGCAAAAUCUGGGGGCCAUUCUAUCAAAUCGGUUCAAAGUAAGGUUUUUAAAUGUUAUGUUUCCCAAAACUUAUGGUACAAUAUAUAUAUAUAUCUUAAAGUGCACACAUCGUCAAUUUUAUAUUGUAUUUUUAGACUGUUGGAAUGUUUUUCCUCUCCCAAAAAUUGUUACUACCGAAACACAGUAGUACACUGUAGUAAAAAGGUGUUACAUCUAGAUUAUUAGGGUUGAUAUAGGUUGAAUAGAAAGUAUUAGAUUUUAAAUAUAUAUUUAGCUUAUCACUAUCUAGUUUAAUAUGUUGGGUUAAAAUAGACCGAAUGAGUGAACUAAGCCGGCUAUAUGUAAAAAUAUAUUUAUACCCUUUUUACACUAAAUAAUUUAUUAAGAGCACAUCUGUGGAAACAAGUUAUUUUUAGCCACUCAGUUCUCCAAAUACCCCGGAAGAACAUUCCUACACUGAUCAUGUCUUUAAGAUUUGAUUGAAGGAGAACUCGAUGCAGCUUCACUGCUCUGGAAAAAUGCAUCGUUUCUGCUCAGGGAACACUUUCACAUCCCUAAAAAAAACAUUCAUGGCUCUGCAGGUUCUCAGUUUAUUCAUCUGUGAUGAACUACUGCUCUCAGAUUUGUAAUAAUGAGCUAAUAAACCAAAUCAGAGCAACACUAUUGGUCUUAGAGAUAAUAAAUACCACUAAUGACUUCAGUUUAAGGACUGUUAGAGGACGUGGAAGCCUUAAGGAGUUAUUUUUUUUAUAGAGACUUGUGCAAUAAACAGCGCUGAUUGCUGUUCAUAGAGUUUUAACACUGUACAAAAAGUUCUACUAACAAAGGCAACAAGAGCACAACUCUUUUUUUAUAUUGCACAGAUGGUUUUGUGCUGAACAAAUGAAUGAACUGGAGGUGUCUGACGUCAGAUAUGAUACGUGUAAAUAUGAGAGAACGAUUUCUGACUCAAGCUUUUCUGAUUACUAACCCCGCCUCGAUGAGUUUCGUUUUUCAAUACUUUAUGAAUGACAAUAAAAUGUUACUUCAAGGAUCCAUUUUCUAGUCUAACUGAUGUCAUUGGGAAGAUGAGGUUAAGUGGAGAGAACUUAUGAUCUUCGCAUGAGAUUUCCUUGGUUUUUUGAAAGCUGUUACUGUUCAGCCAGAGGAGCAGAACAUCAGCAGGCUGUUAACAUUUAAUAAAAAAACUAUGUAUGAAGCCAAAAUACCAAAACAGCUGCCAGCUCAACCUUUCAAAAAUGCUAAAAGAUCUGGUAAAUGAUAACGGUAAUGUAAGAUUCGAAUUAAAGACAUUUAAGAAUGGGGAUAGAUGCAUUAUCAGUCAAGUUUCACUUUUCCUUAUUGUGUUUUAUCAGUGAAGUAUUGCUACCGUUAUAAGUUCAAUAAACUUAUUCUAGUGACGCUAAAGGGAUUUAAAAAAAAUGAUCCCACUUCAUCCAACCACUCUCAAAAUUAAACCAGAUGUUUGAGUGGCAGAAAAUUAUACAAACAAGCAGGCGGUUAAAGACUUUUUAAUUAUAAUUUUCCAAUUCCAGAUAAAACAAAUAUAAAAAAAGUAGAGCGCUCUGCAGGCGACCAGAAGCCUCUCCGCCCCCAUCAUUCAUCCUGCUGCCUUCUGGAGUCAGAUAGUUUUUUAAAAGACCCAUUAAUAAUAAUACGAGCAGGAUGUAAAAACAAAAACAAAAUUGAAAAAAAAAAGCAAAAAAAUAAAAA